AUGGCGGAAGAAGAAGACGAAAUUGCGAGCGGGAAUAAUUAUAAGGAUUUUCUCGAAUACCCUACCCCUCUACGCCUCGUACAGAACAACAGACGCGAAGAGUUUAUGAGAAUGGUUGAAUCUAGCACAGAUCGUCAAGCAAUAUUGAACUGCGUUCACUUGAAAUCCGGUGACACACCAAUCAUCGUGGCAUCGCGCCAUGGACACAUUGACCUGCUAAAGUUCUUGAUUUCUUGUGGAGUUGAUAUUGAGCAGCGCAACAAAGACUUGAAAAGAGCUUUGCAUGAAGCAGCUGCUGGGUCUCACCUAGAAGGCACCAAGCUUCUCAUUUCUAAUAACGCGGAGGUUGAUUGUUUGAAAAGAGCAGACUGGUAAUGACGUGUACAGGGCCAUAUGCUAUUGAUCACUACAAUUACUAUUACCGGUAUUAUUCAUUCAAAAUAUUUCCCCGAUUCUGAUUGGCUAAAAGCACACGCAUAAUUCACCAUAAGCAGCUUCUGAUGACAAAAUUUGGAAGAGUUUUUUUCGAUUAAUCAACCGAUGACGUCAAAAGUGCAGCUUCUUUGCAGGUUAAUGCACCGUUAACCGAGAAGACCUGGGGACGAGGUUGAGUUGUUUUGGUUGUGAAAACAAAAAUGGAGGACAUUUCACUCAUUUCAAGAGUAAGAACUAGGCGAACUAAUGGCUAAAAACAUGGCAAGAACAGCAAGAAGACAACUCGAUUUUAGGGCAACAUCUGCUAUUUGGAGAUUUUUUUUUUGCGGAACUGAACAACCCUAAACAUGCACUAUCGAAGAUGAACUUAACAUUGAUGGAGUUAAGCAUGUUUCAUCUAUGUUUUUAAACUAGGAAUUAUUUUGAAUGAAUCAUAAAACAAUUAUUAAAUGCGGCUUUCCUGUCGUAUGAAGAAUUAUGGAGAUCUCGGAGGAUAUUAUCUGUUGAGGCCAAUAACACCCUCCUUGAUCUCCAUAAUUCAUCAUAAGAUACUGUGUCUCAUUCAUUAAUUGUUCAAUAACUGCACUAUUGUUAUAGAACUGUUAUUAUCAGUUUCAGCCCCCACUCCCUCUCAGAACAAAAGUAGAUGUUUCUAAGAGAUCAGUUACCAAUAACACUGACCCCUCUCCUCUCCUGCCAGGAUUUCCUUUGCCUUCAAUGGGGGGUGGGAGGAGGGUGUGGGGAUUAGAUGGAAUGGUUGCCAGACAUUGCCUAUCUUAGCCUGGGUUGAGAGGCCUGAGCUAUUGAAAAGCUAAGGAAAGAGAGAGGUAGGCUGUUAUUUUUGUGCUCAGUUUUCUUGCGGCUGAAGUCUUUGUAUUUGGACCCAGAUUUUGAGCUUAAUGCGUUUGCAUUCCUAAUAAUACUCCCUUAAGUGGUAGCACAUACAUGAAUUAAUUAAUUUUUCUACAUUUCAUUUUACUUUAUUUUCAUUUACUCAUCUGUCAGUAUAGGACCCCACUAAUGUUGUCUUGUGCAAAAAGCAAUGUUGAUGUCAUCAGAGUGUUGGUCCAGAAUGGUGCAAAUCUGAGACUUACAAACAAAGAUGGCUGGAACUGCUUUCAUAUAGCUGCAAGGGAGGGGCAAACAAAUAUCUUGAAUUAUCUGCUUGACAGUUGCACAGACAUAUGGAAUAGCUGUAGCAAGAAUGGACGGACACCACUUCAUACAGCAGGUGGUUAAUGUCUGAAGCACUGAUAUAAAAUAGUAAUUCUCCUUACUGGCAUCUGUGUUAUUUACUGUUGCAAUAGUUCAGACGGAGACACUAUUGAUUAUUGAAGUCUAAUCACUAUAGUGCACCUGGUAAUUUCCUUGAGGUAUACUCGCCUGACAGUGUUAGCCUGUGUACAGAGCCCCCUCCCCCUCCUCUCAAAGAAAAAAAAUUCAGAGAAGCAGCCCCUUCUCCAAUUUUUUCUUCUAAGGGGAGGGGGGUUCUGUGCACAGACUAGACAGUGUUCAUUUGAUCAUGUGCUGUUUAUCGGGGAUGUAGUGAUUGAAUUUUAUCCACAAUGUUAAAUUUUCUUUGGUAAUGCAGAACCCAUGAAAAAUUGAACCCCAAAGUAAUGACAAUGAUAAUGAUAGUAAUGAUAAUGAUAAUAAACUCAUGGCUUAGAAUAAUCUAGACGAGCAAGAGAUCCCGUAGAAAUAUUUUUCCAGUAUUUUAACCCAUUCUAUAAAAUGUUGAAUUUCAGCUCUCCAUGGUAAAGCAGAUGCUGUUAAUCUUUUGCUUUCAAGGUAGAACUGUAGUUCCACUUGUAAAAGUAUUUUAGAAUUGACUUUAGUUAGUAGCUUAUUUUGACCAUGCACAUGAUCAUGGAGGACUGUCAAACUCCCAAAAACAAGCAGUCAUCACUUUAUUUGAUAACAAGGGUCAGGAGCUAAUUCGAACAUUUACGGUAAUGUCAUCAGAGACCAACGACUCUCACCCCUAAAGCUAGUCGAGUUGCCAAGAACGUAACUAUUGUUUUUAUUGGUCCAUUGGGAUGAGAUACACAGUUUGUUUUCUUUGAGUCUUUUGUAAUCUGGUGAGAUGAAUUUCUGGAAAACAUGAAGACUUGUUUUUCAAGAGGCCAGAAGUUAAUUGUUUCAUCAUUAAAGUUCAGUAUAAGGUACAAGACUAACUAAUUGGUAUUUCUUUUAUGUGCACUUGUGUGUAGAUGUGGUUUUACAACAGACUCACCUGACUGCUGUGGUUCCACACCCUUAAUGGAUGCGCUCCGUGCAGGUCAUGUACAGAUAGCAGAAACUCUCAUCAAGACAUAUAAGGUAGACAAUUCUAUACAGUGGAUUAGUAAUAAAACUUCUUUUGAAAUGAAAUAGAUAUCCUGCUAAAAUCAAUUAAUGGGCAAUUUCUCUGUUUUAUAUCAAUGUCCAGGUUUAUGUUCAAGAAUUAUAUGCUAGUGCUACCAUUAACUCUCUCUAAGUGGGUACAAUUCAAACUAGCCAGUCCCAUGUGAAAAAACUAGCCAGUCCCAAGUUUUACUUGGCACUUGGUACUUGGUACUUGAAAACUUUUGUCGCGCCUUUUCUCCCAACCCGACUGACUGUCCCUGGGUCUCCAAGGAUCAGGUGCCAUAAACCCUUGAAAGUCCCCAUAUCCACGUACAAAUUCAAUAGCAGAUCCAGACCUUCAGAUAAUGGAGGGGGUGGGGUCAGUGGUCAUCCAGACCCUGAGAUAAGGGAGGGGGCGGUCUCAGAAUUUUUUUUUCUCCCUUUGGGCCUCAGUUUGGUCUAAAAAUAAGGGGGGGGGGCUUCCCUGGAUCCUCCACUGAAAUUCUCCAGAUUGAUCUCCAUCCAUUUCCUUGAAGAAAUUAUUGAGCAAAUUUGAUAAAACAUCAAAGCAUUUCUCCUCUGGUUACCAUUUUAUCAAUUCCCAUAACCUUUUCUCUUGAUUAUGUACUGAUUUUGUUAGGAGAAAAUUGAUGUUGGUCACUCUUGGGACUCAGUGCAAAUCACAGUUUCACACUUGAUAAGUUUAUCUCUCACAUGGGGAAUCAACCUUGCUCCCAGGGUUCUCUUCUACUCAGAACUCUUCAUCAUCUUAUCACCCUAUGAAAGGUCAUCCAGGACAGUAUUGAAACUGGAGUCCUUGCUGUGUAUUUGGGAUUUCAGGUACUGGAUUCCAGAUUCCUUGUCAGUUGAAAUUCUGGAUUCUAGCGGUUAGCAGGAUUCCUGAUAUCUUGGGCUGAAUUCUGAAUUCCCUCUUCUACUUGGAACUCUUCAUCACCUACCUUAUCACCCCGCAAAAGGUCAUCCAAGACAGUCUUGGAGUUGGAUUACUUUUUAGUAGUUGGGAUUCCAGGCAGGGGCGUAGCCAGCCUGUAGAUCUAUACACCCAAGCUUACAAAUUUUUGGUUUGAUCACUCUACCACUUGUAAUGAAUUAUGCAUGGUUGGGGUGAGCUAAAAUACUUAAGAGCUCAUAGUGUUGAUAAGGUCAGUUCGUACUAAUCAAGCAUGCAAUUUUCAGGAUAUUGAAUGAAAGUCAGCCAGGCCUACAACUAGUCGAAAGGCUGGCUUCGCCCCUACCAGAUACUGGAUUCGGGAUUCCUUGUCAGUUGAAUUCUGAAUUCCCAAGUCCAGGAUUCCGAAUUCUGGAAACAAAAAUUUCUGCAUCUGCAAUCUGGAUUGUUUUACACGGGUCAAAUCCUAUUUUUUGUUGCUGUUAUGUAUCUGUUUAUUUAUAUAUUAAUUUUAUUUAUUUAUUCAUCUGUUCGUUCAUUCGCUAAUUUAUUUUUAUUUUCAGGCAUCAGUGAAUGCAACAGAUCAGCUUGGCAGACAAGCUAUUCACUUAGCAGCUCAAGCCGGUUGUAUCUCCUCAGUAGAAUACCUGAUUACAUACCAUGGUGUGGAUGUAAACGUGUGUACUGGGAAGUCCCAGAUGAUUCCCUUACACCUGGCAGCUAAGGUACAUGUUUGAUGCUGCUUAAAAUCGCUCAUAGCAUAAACUGUUGCAGGUUUACGAUUUUUAAACUCAUUCCCCACCAUCUGAAUGCCGCGCUCUGAUAGCUGAACACCUGGAACAGGCUACUGAACAUGUUAGAGCGCUGAUCUGCAGAAUGGCAGAUCACGAGUUCAGUCUCUGUGGUUGGGCAAAUACUUAGCACAAGUGUCUCAUUAUAAUAACUAAGUUCAAAUUUCAUGUCGAAUGUUCAUGCCCCUACCUAUUUAAAUUGGAGUCCAAUGGCAUUGUGUACCCCUAUUUUACUUGUUUAGGUUCUUUCUCUAGGCACCGAGUCACAGUUCACAUGCAACAAAAGAAACAAUGCAACCAAAAAAUAAAGGCCCCAGGAAAACUCUAUUGUUUGGUUCUUUUAUUUCUUUUGUGAUGACAGUACCUACAGGAAGACCUUAUUUUUACUUUCCUAACAGGAAGGCCAUGCACAAACCCUCCGGUAUUUACUGGACAAAGGAGCUGCUAUUAAUAAACAGGACAAGAAUGGGAGAACAGGUAAAAUAAUAUUCGACUGUUCCUACCAUUUGGAUUAAGACUUCACAGGAAAACAAUUCAAGUCUUUUUUGCUGACCGAGACAUAAUUUUUGUCUCCCAGCUCUUCAUCUUAGUUCAGCCGCUGGUCACGAAGUCUGUGUGGACAUUCUGUUGCGGGUGCAUAACGUUGAUAGGGGCAUCAAGGACUGCUGUGGAAAGACGGCCAAGGAACUUGCUCUUAAGCCCUCAGUCCGAGACAUAUUUGAUAAGGAUAGAACUGUAGCAUAAUAGCAUGAGCACUCACCAGUCCAACGUCCCACCAGAUGUCGCGCGAAACGAUUUAAAUAAAAGUUGAGUGAAUGGGUGGACUAGAGAAGCGCGAGGC